CAAAUUAUCCGUGCCUUAUGUAUGUAUGUACUUUCGUAUGCCUGCAUGCAAGUUUAUCGGCAAUGAGAGUGCAUAUAAAAUUCAGAGACCAAAGUGAAUGCUAGUCAUUUUUGGUUGCACAGCAAGUCCGGGUGUGACCACAAGAACAACCUACAUAUUAAAAUAAAAAUAAAAUUAACACUCUACUUUUGGGUGGCGUUCAUAAAUCAAGUUGACUACAUCACCCGCAAAAAGUAACCUACAUUCGACUUACACAACUUCUGUGCAAACAAAUAUUCAAAGUACACAUAAUUUAUUUUAUGAACACACAUUUGUACAUCUAGAGUUGCAUAAAAUUAUAUAUGCUAGUGAUAUUAGUUUUAAAACAAAUUCUUUUUUUUUUCAACAACUGCAAAUAUUUACUUACGUAGAUUUGCUAAGCCUUAGGACCUAACAGGGAAAUAGAAUCGAAAAGAAUUACGGCUGGUAUAGUGCAGAAAGCAGCAGUUACAAUACACAAUACACAAUUCAUUUCCACAUCCAAAUGGAUCCAUCUGAUAUAUUCACUAUUUUCUGUUGGCUGAUUUGUACACUUUUAUUUGGACCCACGUUAUUCUUUCUAUGUAUUUACUUACCUGAAUUACCUGUUAGAUAUAUAAAACGCAUUCGAUCAUAAGUAAUAGAAAAACUUAACUCAUGUAAAUUUAGAAAUCUACUUCAUUGUAAGCGCUUAGUUAUUAUACAUACAUAUGUCUUUGUUAUGGUUUAGUAAAUAAAGUUUAAUGUAUUUUUUUAUUGAAAUAAAUAUUUUUACUAAACGA